AUGCUCACGAACAGGAUUCUAGAGGAGCAGUUUGAGAAGGAUGGAGAGCACUGGUACAACACUCGGGAUCUGGAAAGAGAUCUUCAUUUGGCAGCAGAACUGGGGAAAACCCUCCUGGACCAGAAUCAUGAGCUGGAAGCAGAUCUGCAGCAGAUGUACUCCACCAACCACGAGCAGCUGCAGGAGAUAGAGUACUUGACUAAACAAGUGGAGCUGCUGCGUCAGAUGAACGAUCAUCAUGCCAAACUGUACGAGCAGUUGGACUUGGCAGCGAGAGACCUGGAGCAGGGAAACCAUCGAUUAGUGCAGGACAACAGGCUGGCCCAGCAGAAGAUCCACAGUUUAACAGAGACCAUCGACAGCCUCCAGAGCCACAUGCAGGAUCUACAGACACAAGUGGAUGAGCUCAAAGCCUCUCAGGACAAUCGCACCAGACGGUCGCUGGGGGCGCAGAGUGUGUCCUGUCUGAAGGAGCUCUACGACCUACAAGACAAUAGACUGAGCCGCAGUCACUGCGGCUCAGAGGGACUUUGGUCGCACCAGAUCUUUCGCUCAAACCAGUGUCCAGACGUGGAGCAGGAGCACAGAGACCUGCAGCGCUGCGUCCAAACCCUCCACACGCAGAUCUCCAUCGAGAGGAGCUACAGGGAGGCGGCCGAGCGGGAGAUUCAGCUCACGACCAGCGAGAACCGCAGCCUGGAGGAGCGGCUGGCUCUUCUGGACGGAUGCAGAGCGCGGAAACAGGAGCUGGAGGCGGAGGUGGAGCAGCUGAGGGGUCUGUGGCAGCGCGACUGUGCCAACAAGAGGUCAGAGCAGCAGCUGUUGCCAGAUACAGUUUUCUUUUCCUCAGAUGAAAAGUUGGGCUUUGAGCUCAGUGAAAGUGUGGAUAAGAGUGAGGAUCCUCCACAGCAGAAGCAGCGCUGCAGCAGCGACAGCGCUCUGGCAGCUGCUGAUGAGCUGCGCAUCGUGCACGAACAGACGUGUGUGCGGCGUGCGGAGGCCAGACACCGCGGCGUGUCCCUGCUGCAUGAGGUGGACGCGCAGUACAGCGCACUACAGGUCAAGUACGAAGAGCUUCUUGUGCGCUGCAAGCAGGCGUCAGACAGACUGAGCCACAAGGCCGUGCAGACGUCCAGCUGCCAGUCUGCAGGCGGCCGCUCCCGGAGGCGACUGUCGGACCUGAGUACGGUCUGUGAGGAGCCGGAAUACAAAGUCCUGUUCAAAGAGCUGUUCACCCGCAUCCAAAAGACCAAACAAGACCUGAGCCGCAGCGCCGCCACCUCCACAUGA